AUGCGGUUGUGGCUGUGCUGUAACCAAGUACUAAAGAUAACGAAGCAACAGGCUGCGCCGGGCCGCCGAUCUUGUUACGCCGCCAGAUUUAGUGCGCUUUUUGGGCUGGAAGAGCCACGGACAAACUCCCGCCGUCUUGCUCAGAGGUGUUUCUGGGCAUCUCACGGGGGGGUCACCUUGCCUGCGUAUGGCCAACGUCGAGUGUGCUCAUGUGCUGAUGCUGCCCAGAGCUCGAGCAGUCGCCAGCGGUAA